AAGAAUCACAUUCAUGAUAACGACUCCCAGCACUGGAAAACACUCAGGACAACUGCAUUUCUUCCAGCAUUUUCCCCUGGUGAUACAAAAAUGGAAGGAAAUGUAACAGUUAAAAGGCCCACUGAUGUUUUUAUUGACAAAUGCUCCUUCUCGUUAACAUGACACAACCAGUGUUGGAUCAUACUAAUUUAAACAUACACAACACUGAUCCAGUUCUACAGAUUUUAGGAGUUCACAGCACUCCAAAAGUACAGAUGGUGCUUCAGCAGUUGCACCAAGUGAGCAAACGAGCCCACUCCACUGACAGUUCCAUGCUUUACAAAAUUGCAUUUGAGUGCUAUAAGUUUCUGGAUAAGUGGAUCUGUUAUUCUGGAAACACCACUUACAUUGGACACUGGGCAUAUUCAUUUCCAUUCAUCCUCAUUGGCGAUACAUUUGUGAAUGUCGACCAUGUAGCUGAGAACGGGCAAUUUGAAGCAAAACCUUAUCUCCAUGUACUUCCAGCUUCCUUCACGAGCUUCAGGAAUCUUUGGGAAAGUAUAGGUGUUGCAAAGCAAUUCACGAUUGCUCAGCUUCUAACUGUGUUGCAGGAUUUACAUGCUCAACAUGGAAACAAGCCUCUGUCCAAGAGUGAUCUCUCAGUUUGUCUCACAAUUUUAAACAAAGGGAUAUUUGAAGCCAAAUUGAAAAUCACGGAUGACUGUCUGAUACCCAAUGAGCGUGGAGUUUUGCAACCUGCAAGUGAGCUGUUUUACAAUGACAGCCCGUGGAUGCCACUCACUUCAGGUGUCACAUUGUGUCAUGACAAUAUCCCACGUGUUAUGGCUCGCCACCUUGGAAUCAAAACAACCAGGCAUCAUACUUUGGAAAAUCACACAUUUGAUGACCUUUCACCAUUAGCUUUUGACUUUGAACAGAAGGAAGAACUCACUGUUCGUAUUAAAAACAUAAUUUCAGCCUAUCCAUCAAAGAAGGAUAUCCUUAAAGAGCUCAUCCAAAAUGCUGAUGAUGCAGAAGCCACAGAAAUUCACUUCAUCUGGGACAAAAGACAACAUGGAAAAGAAAAAACAUUUGGGGAGAAAUGGAACAAUCUCCAGGGUCCAGCACUUUGUGUGUUCAACAACAAAGUGUUUUCUGAUGCUGACAUUAAGGGAAUUCAACAGCUGGGAGAGGGAGGAAAGCACAACACCCCAGGGAAGAUAGGCAAGUACGGAGUUGGAUUCAACUCUGUUUACCAUCUGACUGACUGUCCUUCGAUCCUUACAGGAGACGAAGUACUUUGCAUUUCUGACCCCAAUCAAAAAUACAUUGAAAAUCAUUCAAAUAACAAACGAUGUGGCAUUGGCUAUAAACUAGCAGACACUUUCAAAGAAAUGUACGUAGAUGUCUACAAAUCCUUUCUUCCAGACAUUUUUUCUCUUAAAGAGGGCACCAUGUUCAGAUUACCUCUGAGAAUGGGUGCAAAUGCAAACACCUCCAAAAUAUCACAGCAAGGAGUCACUGACUACGACAUGAAAGAACUGUGCUCUGCCCUGUCUGAAGAUCCUGAAGGACUAAUUCUCUUUCUGAAAAACAUCUGCAAAAUCACAGUCCAUGAAAUCAGUGAAGAUUCAAGAGGACUUAAAACCAUCUUUGAGGGAAAACUGGACUGCCAGUACAUGUCAAUGGAAACUUUGAGGUUGAUUCUGCCAGGAGAGGCCUUUGGAAAGAAGAUGGGAAGAGUAAGAAAUCCAACUGGAAUGAGAUUUUGA